CAGCAAUUUUGCUCCCCAUUGUUUGAGUUCCUUAGGAUGAGCCCUGUACUACCUCAGUCUUUCUCUGCCUGAAUACCUGAACACCUUCACUAACGGAAUCAGGUAACAAGGAAAGAGUCUUUUUUUAUGGGAACAUGACAGAAAACCAGAAUAGAAGACUUCUCGUGAGUUCUUUUUUCAGAGAUGCUACCACAAAUUUUAAAAGGUAGAACCCUUUUCACCAAGAUGGCGCCGAAGGUGAAGAAGGAAGCUCCUGCCCCUCCUAAAAUCGAAGCCAAAGCGAAGGCCUUGAAGGCCAAGAAGGCAGUGCUGAAAGGCGUCCACAGCCACAAGAAGAAGAAGAUCUGCACGUCCCCCACCUUCCGGCGGCCCAAGACACUGCGCCUCCGACGGCAGCCCAGAUACCCUCGGAAGAGCGCCCCCCAGAGAAACAAGCUUGACCACUAUGCCAUCAUCAAGUUCCCCCUGACCACAGAGUCGGCCAUGAAGAAGAGAGAAGACAACAACACACUGGUGUUCAUUGUGGAUGUCAAGGCCAACAAGCACCAGACCAACCCAGCUGUGAAGAAACUCUAUAACAUUGAUGUGGCCAAAGUCAACCCCCUGAUCAGCCCUGACGGAGAGAAGAAGGCGUGUGCGCUGGCUCCUGACUAUGAUGCUCUGGACGGUGCCAACAAAACUGGGAUCAUCUGA